UCUGGCGUGGCCUUCCGAGUUAAAGUUGGGUAAUCGGUGACAAACCGAAAUUACGUAUUGUGCACUGCUGAUAACGUGCUUCAGUGCGGACACUACUUACUUGUACGGGCAUGUGAAUUAAAAAACUAUAUAAAAUACGCGCACACAGAAGAGUUGACAGAGGACUGUACUUUUUAAAAAUUGGAUUGACUGUUAUAUCUCGGCUCAAGGAGCAGAAGUCGCCACCACUAGUACACCAUUCAAUAAAAUACACGUACUAUAAAUAGGAAAAAGCGUGCUCGCGUCACAUUUGUGUUUUUUCUUCUUCUUCUUUUUUUUUUUUUUCAAUUUCCUCAACGUGUUCUUUUUUCAACACGCGACAUUGCGAAAAGUGAGAAAAUACAGUGCGCGGGUUUCAUCGAUCGACGCUCUGUGCGUGAAUAAUUAACUUGUCAUCGUCGAAUACUCGCAUAUUUGUAGAUAUCAGCCGGCGUGGCCCACAUAAUUAUUAUAUACACGCCUGCCAGUACGAGGAACAAAAAAAAAACACCGGCAAAGGGAGCAGAGUAUCGGCGUUGAUUAUGCGCGUAUUUUCCGACGAGAGCACCCGACCAAAGUAACCAGGUGGCAUAGUCACCGGCAACAAUAGACCAAAACAGGAGACUCCCAAAGGAAGACGAGGCUCGAGCGCCUACGGUGGUCCGAACGAUGUCAUGAGCCAGGACGGGACUACCGCAACCAGGACCAAGACGACGAGCACACCCCGAGGGAACAACAGCAGGGGCGAGUCCUCGUUCGAAAGCCUAGCCCUCGAUGUGUCCGGAUUCGGGGCCAACGGUAGCCUGCACGAUGACGACUCGUCAGCGAGUACGGCCAGUGUGGCUGAUGGAGUCAAGCCACCAACGUCGUUGCCGCUGCCCGGCAAGGUGACCCGGGACGAAGCGCUCGAGAGGCGUCGCAGACCCUGGCUCGGGCGGCCCAAGGGCAGCAGCGAGUGCGAGCUGUGGGACGAUUAUGGGGUCGUCGAGUUCAUGGAGCACGGGCUCGCCAGUCCGGACGAGAGCACGCCCGAGGACAGGGUCCAGGCGAUGCGGGAGAGCCUCGCCGACACCGACAUCCUCGAGGCCGAGGGCGAGCUCUCGGAUUUUCUCUUCCACGUCGCCAGGACGAAACACGGGAGGAUCUACAUCAGGGUCGUUAGGACCCUGCUGCUCAACAGAGUUCUAUGCAGCGACCGCGUGAGCCAAAUGACCAAGACUUAUAAUGAUAUCGAGGCAGUGACAAGGCUUCUGGAGGAGAAAGAAAAGGACUUGGAAUUGACGGCGCGAAUCGGCAAGGAACUCCUCUCGCACAACCAAAAGCUCGAGACGACGGUGCAGGAGCUCGAGAACGAGCUGAAGAACGCCAACGAGAAGAUAACCCAGUUGUCGUAUGAGGUGGGAAAAAAGACCGAGCUGAUACAGGUGCUGACCAACGAUGUCGAGGAAUCGGGGGAGUCGGAGGCCGGGACGCCUACGGGCCUCCGGUGCAUCAACCUCGAGGUCAUGCAGCGCAAGAUAAGCGGCCUCGAGGACGAGAACAAGCAGCUGAGGAACGAGUUCACCAAACUCGUACACGAGACCGAUGAUUGCGAGGAGCAGGAGGCCCGAUUACUCAAGGACGUUGCCAACCAGCUAGCCAACGCUAACAUGGAGGUGGACGGCAUAGCCCUGGAGCUCGAGAGGCAAAAGGAGGAGAACAGGCUGCAACACGAGCAGAUCGUCAACCUCUCGGCGAAGCUUUCGGAAACGGAGUUGAGGUUGGCACAGCUGAUGGCGGAGCACGACGAGGUCGGCACCACGCUCGUCAUCACGAGGGACAAUCAGAACGCUCUGGCCGACGAGCUGGCCAAGUUCAAGGAGCAAUACGCCGAGGCUCUAAACAUGUUGGCAGAAACGCAGGAUCAGCUGAAACAACAGCGCAAAAGGUCGAUGCCGGUCGCUCGAGGCGGCGCGCUGUUCCCUUCGUUGGUAGCGGCCCCGCAGCCUGACUCUAUCGCCAUGGAGCUGGAGUGCUCGCUGUACUCGGAAUCAAGCUUGGAUUCGGGCAUCAUUGCGGACAGGAUCCCGCCGUACAAGAAAGCGUUCGAAACGGUGAGGUGCGCUUCGAGAUCUUCCGCAAACGCGAGCACCGACGGCCAUCAGUUUCCACGGCUGGGCUCGAUGACAACAUCCACGCUGUCGAGCGGCUCUUUGGGACCGCGUAUGAGUACGGUUAUGCAGGCUCGUGGCAAACACGUCAACUCGGCGUACCCCAGUCUCGAUUCUACCGGUCACAGUGACAGCGAGUCUCUUUUGACCGACAUCGAGGAGUACCCUGGUCCCCAACAAGCCGGUAUUCCAGGCGCGCCGGGUGCUGCCGAUCUCGAGGCUGCGUUGCGGCGUCUGACACCAGCCGAAGUGAUGGCACGACGUGCUUGUCUCAGCACGGGUACCGGUUACACCUACGAGUACGACGGAAGUGGUCAGUCGCCUCCAAACUACGUUCCGUUUGGCUGUCGCACACCCGAUAGUAUUAUGUCGACUGGUAGCAGUGGCAAUCUCAGUGGCUUCAGUGGAAAUAGUUCCGCUAGUUGGCGGCUUCCGGAGAAACUGCAGAUUGUCAAGCCUAUCGAGGGCUCUCAGACGCUUCAUCACUGGUCACAGCUCGCCACGCCUUCCCUAGGUGGUCUGCUGGAAGACAGACCAGGCAUAAGAACUCGCGGAGGUCGAGGGCUCGAGGAACUAGGUCUGCUGACGUUCAGUCUCACGGAUGUCGAGGAGGACGAGGAGUACGCGAAUCCAGGCAAACUCUUUCAGGACACGGGCUCGGUUUACACUUUCACCAACAGCACUGUCAUGCAUCCGGACGAUCACACGAUCCUCACCGGUAGUGCCAUCUCAAGCCGCGUCACCAGCCAGCCCAACAGCAAUCUUAACUCUGGCGUCAAUACUCCACGCACUCUCAGUCGGCGCAACUCUACCUCGACCUUUUCCACAACACUCGGUCUGGCGAAGAUGCUCAACGAGCGCGGCAUCGUAGCGGUCACGCCCUCGUGCGCUGCCACACCGACCGCUGAGAAGAACUUCUCGCCUACGGUAACACCCUGUAACAGCCCCGAUAUCAGCCCUUCGCACUCGAGGUCGGGCUCGCCUGUGCCCGGCACAUCCUCGAUGAGGCACGGUGGACUCACCAGCGGUACUGAGCUGCUGAAACGAACUUUCGGUGGCGAAGCAUUUGGGCAAGGUCAGAUACCGCAGAGUGGACCGCUGACGCGAAGGUCCCGGCGAGACCGCUUAGAAAGGAUCCAGGCGGUCGAUGGAGAUCCGAGAGUGAUGGAGAGACUUGGUACGAGCAUGUCGCAGCUGGCGAUGCCGGGCGCGCUUUACGCCCGCCGCGAGAGUUCGAUGGCUCACCUGACCUUUCUCAAAGGUUCGAUAUCGUCGGAAAAGCUCGACUCCGAGCUUGACUCGUCCUCGGGCUCAAGCAGCCCAAACGACGACUCGCGCUUCGACGCCUCCUUCGCUACUGGCAGGGACGAGAGGUCGAUCGACAUUGCCGAGGAUUAUGUGGCGCGUAGAGCCGCGCAGAGACACAGGCGCAAUGGGCCAAGGAGGCCGAGGCCCGAUCUAGGCCAGGUGAGGCCGCUCUCGGGUACGGUGCCCGUCACAACGGAGUCUGUCCCGCAGUCGGCGCUAGGCACUAUUAGUUCGCUUUUAUUUGGUCGCAAGGGUGGCUUAUUUUAAACGCAAUUAGGGUAACGCGUACGGGAUGCAUUACCUGAUUAGGAGGAAUUAAUUGUUGAUUUUGAUUGAAGACAGUCGAACUGACGACUGCUUUGUACACACUCAUUUAUUUUCAAAUGAGCAAUAUUAAUUGACAAAUUACUGCCAUAUUUAUGGACUGCGUGUAAGUAUUAUGUUGGUUACGUAAUCUCGACAUUAUCGUGAUAAUCACGUGCUUGAGUGAAUGAAAAGUUGCAUUGAGAAAAAUCACUAAAAAUUUGUUCACAUUUCUUUUUUCUCUAAGGAUGCUCUACAAAUAUUUUCUGUUCAUUGUUGAACUGACGUUCCUUAUUUAUGAAUAAAAAUAAUUGCGAACCAAAAAUACUAGAUAAAUAUAACUACUUGGUUCGAAUUAAUUUUUCUUAAUGUGAUAAUUAUGACAAAAUCGAAUGUAAAUUUUUUAAUUAGAGCACUUCUACUGCUUUCAAUCUUAGCUCCUAAUCAGGAUGAUUCCUGUCUGCUUUUCGUUUACCUCAAUACUUCUAGCAGUCUGAUAGUUUUGUAACUAAAAGUAAAAAAAAAAAAAUAGUCGACAAAUUAAUUAUCGAACAAAAGAAAAAAAUCCUUCGUUACGUUCCUCCUCGCGACGUUAAUUCGUCGGAGAAUCAUUUAGAGGGAUUAUUUACUUUUGAAUUGCGUUUUUCCAUUGAUUAGGGGAUUUUAUAGACUGUUGAUUUUUUUUUUUUUUUUCGGCACGAACAGUAUGUUACUGAGAUUAUUUUCAUCUUAAUUUUUAUUUACGACGUGAAAGCAUUUUAUGUAAUGUAAAAUAUUAUACUGUCAUGACGAGUAAGACAGAUUUCAAAUACACACUAAAGCUUCCAGGAGCGGAAAUUGAAUUUUUUUUUUUUUUUAAUUUAAUAAAUAAAUUCUUUUUUGAAUUAAUUCCUCAAUAUCUUAAGUCUACAAGUAAAUAAGUAGCGUGUGAUACGUUUCCUUAUUUACGAGAAAAAAAUAAAUAAUUUCGUAAAAAAGCGCUACAAUAAUUUUUUUUAUAACCACUACACUAAAAAUACU